AUGAUCAUAAGAUUUCUGACGUUUGUGGUUCUAACCCAAGUUAAUUAUUCUUGGAGCAGUCCAGAAGAUGUCAAAAAUGAUAUUUCAAGAGCCGGCGAAUUACUAUCAAAAGGUAAAUAUUUCGAUGCGCUUUCUUAUUAUCACAAGGUAAUCGACAUGGAUCCGACAAAUUAUCAAGCAAUUUUUCGACGAGCAACAACUUAUCUGGCAAUGGGACGGGCGGAAAAAGCUCUAGCUGAUUUCAACAAAGUAUUGGAAUUGAAAUCAGACUUUUACGGAGCAAGAAAUCAUAAAGCCAAUAUUUUAUUGAAGCAGGGCAAAUUGAAAGAAGCCAGACUGGAAUACCAAAAACUUCCUGAAACUAAAGAAGUUCUCGCCAAAAUCAGUUUAUUGUCAGAACUUGAAGAGAUCAGGCAUACUAUAAAAUACGCAUUCGAACAUGAAAACUGCGAUGAUGUUGAAGAAAGUGUCGGAUCUCUUCUUGAGAAAAUACCAUGGGACCCAUCACUUUAUCAAAUUCGCGCUGUGUGUAGAAAAAUUCGUAAAGAAUUUGGAAAAGCUAUUCAUGAUCUUAAAAUCGCGUCGAAAUUAGUUUCGGAUAGUACAACAUUCAUGCUCGAAGCAUCCAAAAUACAAUAUCAACUCGGAGAUUUCAAAGACGCUUUGAACUCACUUCGAGAAUGUUUACGCUUCGAUCCAGAUCACGAAAAAUGUUACUCGCUUUAUAAAAAAUUAAAAAAAUUUAACAAAUCUUUGGUUUCUAUUGAAAAAGUAGUUGCUGCUUCGGAAUGGUUAAGAUGUAUCCAAAUAGCAGAAUCACUGGAGAGAAAGACAGAUGAAGAACCGAUUCUAUUCAAUAUUCGCCGAUUUACUUGCAAGUGCUAUCGUGAAAAUGGGAAUUUAACAAGCGCUAUCGAUUCUUGUACAAAAGCACUUGAGAAAAAUUCCAAUGAUGUUGAACUACUUCUAGAACGGGCAGAUGCCUAUGUAGUCGAAGAAAAUUACGACGCUGCCAUUGCUGAUUUCAAAAAGGUAAAAUCCCUUGAUCCCGAGAACGAUAAGGCUCACGUAGGCGAGAAAAACGCGCAGAGACUAAAAAAUAACAAGGGUAAACGCGAUUAUUACAAAAUACUUGGAGUUAAACGGAACGCUGCCAAGCGAGAAAUUACGAAAGCCUACAGAAAGCUGGCUCAAAAAUGGCAUCCCGACAAUUUUCCAAAUGAUAUUGAGAAGAAGAAAGCAGAAAAGAAGUUUAUCGAUAUUGCAGCAGCGAAGGAAAUAUUGACAAACGACGAGAAGCGAAGACUGUUUGAUUCAGGAAUCGAUCCAUUAGAUUCUGACGCAGCACGUGAAAAUCACAAUCACGGAUUUAACGGGUUCCAUGGUUUUAAUCCUUUUGAAGGAGAAAAUGGAAACUUUAAAUUCUUCUAUUCAAACUAUUAA